CGGUGACCCGCUAGUGGCGCAGUGCCAUGCAGACCAGUUGGAGGCGAUCCCUUGUCCUGGUGCUCGCUCUGCAUGCCACCGUUCAUGUAGGAGGCUUGUUCACGUACUGGGCUUCAAGACCAAACAGGCACGCGCCCCGCCUCGUUGGGAGAAGAGCGCGCGGGGGAGACUGGGGAGACGAGAGCUUGGCCAAGGAGGUGCAAGAAAUUCUCGACGAACUUCGAUUAGAUGAGCCCUAUGCGGAGCCUCCCAGCCACCCUGGGAUACCAUCACAGGUUCCUCCCAUCCCAAAAGCUCCCUCAGCUGGUGCUGGCUACAUGUCAGCUCAAAGUUUGAGAGAUCAGCUGAAGGCGCAAGAGCGCAGAAAGCAGGAACUGUUGGAAGAGCAGCGGUUGCACGACCUAGAGCUCCAGCAGUUGCGUCAGGAGCAGGCGGCACAGGCGGCACAGGAGAGGCACUGGUCAGCGAGACCGCCCUUGCCUGGGCCCCGUGAGGUAGCACCUCUGGCGCCUCCACGACCCGCUGAUGGGCUUUUAGCAGCCCUGCGCCAGUGGGGCGUUCGACAAGCACCAGAGUUGGGGCACGACAUGUUCGUGGCAAGUUUGCCACAGAUCAAGAUGCUGGUCCGCGCACAAGGGGAGCAGGCAGGAAGGAAUCACGUGGCCGGUUUGCAGGCACUCCAGCGGUAUGUGGAACAGCUGGAGAUGGAUUUGGACGCCAAGGAAGAAGAACUUUCGAGUGCAAAGAGCCAACUGCGUGAGGAGCAACAGCGGCGAACGGAGGCGCAACAAGAUUUGCAGGUUCAAACUGCUGAGGUCGACGCCGAGGCCCUCGCAGCGGCGCAAGCUGAGGUAGCCAGGCUUGAAGAAGAGUUAGCCAACGCCCUCCAGGGACAGGAGGAGGUGCAAGAGCAGCUUCAACAGCAAGUCCAAAGGGCCGAAGCGGCGGAAGCGAAAUUGGUGAACCUCGUGGAGCGCAUCCGUGGUGCUGCAACGGCGCGAGCCAGGUGAUAAAGGCUGCACUUGAGUCGCGUAUUUCCAUGCGCAGCUAAUUCGAUGCACUGCACCUGCCGGGUACCAGGGGCCAACACUGUCACCU